GCACCUUCCUACGAACAUACUUUACUUUGCCCUGGCUGGGGAAACCUAGCCAGAUGAGCGGGGUAUAAAUAAUGAUAAUCAUAGUAAUAAUUCUGUAAUUGGGUUGUACUUCCUCUUUAGCUGCAGUCAUGAUAACUGUAAAAAGAUUUCCUUUUCUGAACUAUAUGUCCUAUUCUAAACAGCUGUAGGUUUCUCUCCUCAUCCCCCCCCCCAAAAAAAUCUCUUUUUAAAAGGGGAUUAUUUUCUCUUUGGUAAAUCGUAUUUAUACAGCAAUCUCUUUCUUCUGUGUAUUAUAUUUCAUAACAUACGAAGCAACGGUCUCAAAGCAAGUAGAUGUAGAAGGAAUUUUGUCAUUGCGCCACUGGUGAAAUGUUUGUUCUUUCUUUCUUUACCCAUCACCGUUUUCCUCCCAAGGAACUCAAAGGCAGUAUACUGGGUUCUCCAUUCCCCAUUUUAUCUGCACAACAACCUUCUGAGGCACAUUAGUCUGAAAGACAGUGACUUGGAGAAUUUCAAUAGAAAUUAAGGAGUUCUGCUGUUCUGAGGAGAGCUGAAGAAAAUGAAUUUGAAUUGCUGUUGCAAAUAUUCUUUUUCACGAUGAAGCGUCUGAUCAGAAUGACUUGCUUUCUGUGCUGCUGAGAGGAUGUAGCGAAAAUGAUAGCAGAGCCCAAUUCCGUUGCCAAUCUCCCCAACCACAAAAAUGCUGGGCACCAUCCAACAGAAAUCAACACGUGCAAUGGGACUUCCAGUUUAGCUUCUUCUCCAUCCGUAUGUGUCUCCAAAAUCUGUUCUGGACAGUCCCCGAACCUUACGGAUCAGAUUUUGGGGGAGCGCAAGCAGGAGACUGCAGGGGGAGAAGAAGAAAAUGGGAUCCAUGAGGAGGUUGUCUCUGAAUCUACAGUGCAGAACGGCAGCUGCUUGAGAAAUGGCAAUGUUAAAACUUUUAGAGGUAAAAGGAAAAUCCGAGAACAAUGUGAAAACAGAAGAAGACACCCUUCAGAUGGUAGACGGCCAAACCAGCCACAAAAUGGAGAAGUGGUUGAAGCGGUUACCUUGUUUGAGGUGGUCAUCAUGGGCAAAAGCGCUAUGCAGUCUGUGGUAGAUGACUGGAUUGAAGCCUACAAAAGCGAUCGAGAUGUGGCACUUCUGGAUCUCAUCAACUUCUUCAUCCAGUGCUCAGGUUGCCAAGGAAUGGUUACGGCAGAAAUGUUCCAAAGUUCGCAGAAUUGUGAUGUGAUGCAGAAAAUGACAGAGACAUUUGAUGAGGCAACUGGAUUGCAGUAUAAAAAGUUCAUGGCCUAUCCCUGGAUCUUGACGGUUACUUGGCCAGUGGAUAUGGAUGAUAAGGACUACCCGCUCGUGAAGGCAGGGCCCUACUGGAAGAAGUUCAGGACUAAUUUUUGCGAUUUCACUUCCGUAUUGGUGCAGCAGUGUCAGUUCAGCAUCCUCUAUGACAACUAUUUGAUGGACACCAUCAUCUCUCUCCUUUCGGGCCUGGCAGAGUCCAUGGUCAGAGCAUUCCGGCACACCAGCACAUUAGCAGCUAUGAAGCUUCUAACAGCACUUGUAAACCUCAUUGUAAGUAUAGAUGUCAGCAAGCAUAACCUGGAAAGAUUAUACGAGGUAGAAAAAAACAGGACUACAGGCAAAAGGACCAAUACUAGACUGGACCAGCUAGAGAAGAAGAAAAAAGAGUAUGAACAGAAACACCUGGACAUAGAGAACAUGAUGAAUGCUAUUUUCAAAGGGACCUUUUUGCAACGCUAUCGUGAUAUUAUUCCAGAAAUCCGGGCCAUUUGCAUUGAAGAAAUUGCCUGUUGGAUGACAACUUAUCCUGAUCGGUUCUUAACGGAUAGUUACUUGAAAUAUAUAGGAUGGAUGCUGUAUGAUAAACAACCUGACGUCCGACUGAAGUGCCUUCAGGGCCUGCAGGGAAUAUUUGGCCAGAAAGCGCUGGGUUGUAAAAUGGAUCUCUUCACUUGCAGGUUCAAGGAUCGACUUGUGUCCAUGACUCUGGACAGGGACCAUGAAGUAGCAGUUCAAGCCAUGAAACUCUUGAUGCUUAUGUCACAGAACUAUGAAGAUGCGUUGUCAUCUGAAGACUGUGAAACCUUAUACCAGUUUGUUUAUGCCACCCACCGACCACUGGCUGUAGCAGCUGGGGAGUUUCUUUAUAACAGUUUAAUUGUCCAGGAAAUUGAAAUUGAAGCAUUCUCCAAAAGUAAUGCAAAGUGGGAGCCCAAUUCUAGUCAGCUGAGAGCACUAAUAGAUUUCUUCCUGGAAAGUGAGGUAAAGCUACAUAGCCACGUCACGUAUCUUGUAGACAGUCUUUGGGAUUGGGCCCCAAGUUUAUUGAAAGACUGGGAGUACAUGACUGCUCUCUUAUUGGGAAAUGCCGAUAGCCACGAACAAGCGCUGACUGAUGCCCAUGAGCGUGUCCUUAUUGAAAUAAUCUUAGCGACCGUUCGAGAAGCUGCUGAAUUUCAUCCUCCUGUGGGGAGAGGAGGGACCAGGAGAAUCCUGUCUUCCAGGGAGAAGAAGAUACAAGUGGAAGAUUGUACUCGAAUUACUGAACACUUCAUUGUGGUGCUUCCUCAGCUCUUGGCAAAGUAUUCUGUAGAUACAGAAAAAGUGACAAACCUCCUGCACAUUCCACAGUAUUUUGAUUUAGAGCUGUGCAGUGCUGAACUCCUGGACAAGCACUUGGACACAUUUCUGAGCGAGAUAAAAGCCGUUGUAUCCAAGCACUCUUACACAGAUGUCCUGAACGCUUGCGCCAGGGUAUACGCCACUCUUUGCGGUGAAGACGGUUCUGGCCAUAAAAAAGUGGGCUUGGCCAGAGAUGAACUGGUGGAUGAACUGGUGCACGAUCUAAACCAGAGUUUGAACACCUUUUGGGAUGAGGGAGGAGGGUUUCGUGCAGAAAAAGAAGGAAUUCAUCAUAUAUGCUUGACGUUGCGAAGAAUAACUGCUUUUCAUCAUGCUCAUGAUCUCACCAGGUGGAAUCUCUAUGGCACACUGGCUAAGCUCCUUGGUUUUGAGGUGGAACAAAAUGCUUUACCUGUUCAGAUCCUUUGGCCUGCUUUACAAUGUGCUUAUUCUGCACUGCUUUGGCAGCUCUCUUCUGCACUAGAGACCACUUCUUCCAAGGAAAGCAUUCUUGCCUUGAGGACACACUUGAAGCAGUACUGCCACAUUUGUACGUGCUACCUCAGCCACCGCAGCAGAAAGUUACGUGAAAAGGCUUUUAUGAUACUUUGCGACUUGCUGAUGAUUGUAAGUCAUCAAGGUUUAAGUGAUGGACUGAUUGAGUGUGUGGAGUAUCUUCCCAGUUCAUCUCUUCAAUCAAAACUGCUCUUCUUCGUUGAGGAUCAUGUUUUUGCAGAGGAGCCAAGAGAAUUCAGAGUCUUGACAGGAGAAGAAGUGAAAAAGAUGGAAGAACAAAAAUUGGAUGCCUUGCAGCAGAAACGGUGCCUCCUUGCAGCUUAUUGCAAGUUAAUUGUCCAUAAUGUUGUCGAGAUGACUGCCGCUGCUGAAAUCUACAAGCAUUAUAUGAGGACUUAUAAUGACUUUGGCGACAUAAUUAAAGAAACCUUGAGCCGGACGAGGCAGAAUGACAAAAUUCAAAGUGCAAAAACACUGAUCCUCUGCUUGCAGCAGCUGUUUCAGAAGCAUGCCAGAAGCCAGGACAACAGCAAUAGCAUUAACAGCAUAGAUUCCUCUUUCAACAACAUUAAAGAGCUCGCACGGCGCUUUGCUUUGACAUUCGGCUGGGACCAGGUGAAAAGUCGAGAGUCAGUAGCCAUGAUACACAAGGAUGGUAUUGAGUUUGCCUUUCAAGGAAUUGGUGCCCUGGAAGGGAAGAGCCUGCCUCCCAAUCUGAACUUCCUGCUCAUCCUCAGUGAAUUCUCCAAUAAGCUUCUAAAGCCUGACAAAAGACUUGUAUAUAGUUACUUGCUGAGAUAUACCUCUGAACCAGCACUUUGUAAAGAAGAAUUUGUGUACUCUCUGGAGUGGUACAGAACCUCUUUGCUGGCCAGUGAUGAAGAUGAGAGUUCUAUCAUCAGCAGCAUAAGUGAAUGGCCAUCCGAUAGGACACCAUGUAAAAAAACCCUCUCUGAAGGAUCCUGCGCCAAAGCCAGUCACACUGAGAUGGCAAACACACCUUCACACGCCCAUUGCCCAUCUGACCUCCCUUCCUUGGCACAGAAUAGCAGGAAGAGGCUAAAAUCUCAUGACAGUUGUCACCAAGAAUAUCCAUCAGGUCCUGAAAGACUGAAGAGAAAAUAUAGUAUUCCAGAUGGUGGCAAGGUAGAAAAUACAGUAGAGGUUCUGGCUGAAGAGGCUGAUAUUGAUGUUGUUGGUGCUGACCAGGAGACGUAAGAAGCAAAGACACUCUGCUUUUUCACGUGAAUGAAGAAAAGUACAGGCAUUGCAAUGGGGGCCACACCUGGUUAGCUGAAAGCAUGACAUGGUAUGGUUAUAAUAUAACUGAAUCAUGAGAAAGGUAAUGGCCAAAAUUACAAUAAUUUCUUCAGCCAGUGUUACUACAUGGUUUGAUAUGCUGUUGUGACUACACUUUUUUUCUGCAAACACUUGAUUUUCACCUUCGUUUUGCUGAAGUUUCUCUGUCCAAAAUGUGACGGCAGAUGUAUUUGUAGUCAGGGCAACAAUGGGAAAACCUACCAUAUAGUAGCAGAGCAGUAUUUUAUGUUGGGCCCAUGGCAGACCACUUUUGAGACAAGACUGAUUACUUUUUAACACAGAAGCAGGGUAGUGGGUUUCUGGGGAAUAGAGAAAGAGAAACUAUUUAUGUAUGUGGGUGGGGAGGGGGAAUCCUUAAAAACACAAUUUCUAAUUUGUAUUUCAUAUGCUUUCUUGUAUACCAUGGCAGUCUAAUAUUGGUACUAGGGUGAAAAUGUGCUCUAUUCAUUGUCACUGAGCUUGUAAAACAGCUGUUUGGUUUCAUACUUUUAUAUUAUCAUGUUUGCAAAAUAAAACGAGUGAUUGUUUCAA